UCAGCUGCUAAUUAUAACCUCCAUAAAUUCUCUGGCUGAUCCUACCUUCUGUUAAUUUUCCGUGAAAUACUGCGUGGCAGGGCACUAGCUAGUUAUGUCCCAUUACCUUCCUUUCCUCUCUCAUGGAAUGGUUGGUCGUCGUCCGGUUCUGCAGCCGGUUCAGCGUUGCAAUCCGACUGGUGCCCAAGCUCGCGGCUUCUUCCGACAACAGAGCGCGAGCGGUGUGCUGCUACAUGCAUAUACGCACAAGAAGUCUGGUGAUGCCGCCCCUUCUAUGGAGGCAUCUAGCUUUCAGCCCAGUGUGUGGGGAGAUUUCUUUAUCAACUACGAACCGAAGCAACUACAGCGAUCAAAGGAGUGGAUGAUGAAUAAGGCCGAUAAGCUAAAACAAGCUGUCCGUACACUGUUUAGGACCUGUAAUGACAUGGUGGACAAGAUGCACUUAGUAGACGCUGUCCAACGUCUUGGAAUUGAUCACCUUUUUCAAGAAGAGAUAAGCAGCACACUAAGCGAUAUCAAUGGAAGUCAAUUUGCUAGCAAUAGCCUCCAUGAGGUUGCUCUUCGCUUUCGUUUGCUUAGGGAGAAUGGCUUUUGGGUAUCACCAGAUGUGUUCAAAAUAUUUAAAGGUGAGGAUGGAAGGUUCACCGAUGCAAUAUCUAAUGAACCAAGGGGAUUACUAAGUUUAUACAAUGGCGCACACCUCCUCGUCCAUGAUGAGACAGAACUCGUAGAAGCCAUCUCUUUUUCAAGGGACCAUCUUCAAUCAAUAUGUGAUUCAAGUGAGCUCAAGCCCCCUCUAGCUGAUCAAGUGAAACGUGCCCUAGACUUACCAUUACCAAGGGCAUACAAGAGAAUGGAAGCAUUGCAUUAUAUGUUCGAGUAUGGACAGGAGGAAGGCCAUAUUGUGGUCCUUCUGGAUCUCGCAAAGCUGGAGUUCAACCUCUUGCAGCAUGUCCAUUUGAAAGAGCUGAAAUCCUUUUCUCAGUGGUGGAAAGAUCUUUAUGGAAACAUGGGGCUAAGUUACAUUAGGGACCAUGCAGUGGAGUCAUACGUUUGGUCCAACAUGGUGUUCUAUGAGGAAGACUUAGCGGUCAUAAGGAUGGUAUUUGCCAAGUUAUUUGUACUAGCUGUCAUUAUGGAUGACACAUAUGAUUGCCAUGCCAACAUCGAGGAAUGUCGGAAAUUGCAUGAAGCCAUACAAAGAUGGGAUGAGAGUGCUAUCUCUUUCCUGCCGGACUAUAUGAAAACGUUGUACAAUGAAAUUAUGAACAACUUCAAAGAGUUUGAGGAUCAAGUAGGGGUGAAAGGCCGCUAUCGGGUUGCUCAAACAAAGAAAGAGUUUCAAAAGCUGUCCACCUAUUACCUGCAAGAAUCUGAAUGGUCACAUCAGAAUCAUAAGCCAAACUUUAAAGAGCAGAUGGAAUUGUCUACGAUGACUGCAGGAGGACCACUACUAUGUGUAUGUACUACGGUUGGCCGAGAUGAUACACUAACAAAAGAAGCAUUUGAGUGGGCAGCGAGCGACACUGGUGCCAUAAGAGCAUAUGCAAAUAUGGUGCUCAAAAAUUUUGGUGGCAAUCCAUCGGAAACCAAAGGAGUUUUAAAUGUAGAGCUAGCAGUCGGCAACAAAACUAUCCCUACAACAUUUUUUGUCAUCGAUGGGAAGGGUUCCUACAGCUUGUUGCUUGGAAGGGAUUGGAUUCAUGCCAAUUGUUGUAUUCCUUCAACCAUGCAUCAAUGCUUGAUUCAGUGGCAAGGCGACAAGAUUGAAAUCAUGCCAGCCGACAGCCAAUUGAAGAUCGAGAGCCCAAGCUAUUAUUUUGAGGGCAUCGUGAAGGGUUCAAACUCCCAAUGGAUGGGACCUAGAAUCUUGGAGCCAUUGGACGCCCAGAACAACGUCAAACGUAUCGAGGUGGAUGGCGAAGAAGUCGGAGCAGAACGUCGUGUCGCCAUUGUUGAACGGGACGUCACGCGCGACGCCCCCACAAUCCAGGCGGUCGCCAUUGGCAACGCGGAUGUGAAGGCCAUGUCGGGGGUCAAGGACGACGCCGGUGCAUACGGCGGCGGUGGAGUUGAUGAAGUUGUGCAUGGAGCCGGAGUCGAGCAGCACGACAAGGAUUAA